AUGUUCGCAUUUUUAUUAUUUAUUGCAUUCACUACUGCAACCAACGUUAUUCCUGAUAUCGAACAAGAAUUAAAAGACGUUGGCCUUUACGAUUUGUUUUCAAAGAAAGAGUCUAUUCAUGAAAAUGACAUAGAAAAUGAAGAAGAUAAAAAAAGUAGUUCAAACAGUGAAUUAGAUGAAAAUUCUAAUAACCAACCAGAUGAAAGCUCAAAUAAUAAACCAGAUGAAAGCUCAAAUAAUAAACCAAAUGAAAGUUCUGAUAAUAAACCAAAUGAAAGUUCUGAUAAUAAACCAAAUGAAAGUUCUGAUAAUAAACCAAGUGAAAGUUCAAACAAUAAACCAAAUGAAAGCUCAAAUAAUAAACCAGAUGAAAGCUCAAAUAAUAAACCAGAUGAAAGCUCAAACAAUAAACCAAAUGAAAGUUCUGAUAAUAAACCAAAUGAAAGCUCAAAUAAUAAACCAGGAAGUAGUUCAGAUAAUUAUGAUAAUCUUGAUGCUGCAUCAAGUCCAUUCAUUGUUCUCUUUGCUAUUAUUGUGGUUAUCUUAUUCUAAAUUAAUUAAUUUGAAUUUAGUCUCUUUUUUAUU